GCCCCCACUAUAUAAAUUUAACCUUCAUUUUAUAUUCCAACACUCAUAUCCUCUGUAGCCACUGUUCAUAUAAUCCUUUUUUUGUUGUACUAAAAAAAACCGAUCAAAUUCUUCACUCCCAGAACCCAAAUUAAAGGCCAAAAAACUCCCCCAUCAACUUUUUCCGAUCGUUUGAUUCCCAAUCUCAGCUACAGAUCGGAACCGACUGUAGGAAAAAUUCCUGGGAAAGAAAAAAUGACGGAACAGAGUGUCAUCAGAAAACUGAUGGUGGAAGUCUGCAAUGCAAAUAAUCUGAUGCCAAAAGAUGGGCAGGGUACCGCGAGUGCUUAUGUGCUCGUUGAUUUUGAUGGUCAGCGACGUCGUACCAAGACCAAGUUCAGAGAUCUGAACCCGCAGUGGGAUGAGAAGUUCGAGUUCUUAGUUCACGAUGCAGAGUCCAUGGCUUCAGAGACAUUAGAGCUCAAUGUCUACAACGAUAAAAAGUCGGGUAAACGGAGCCCUUUUCUCGGGAAAGUCAAAAUUUCAGGGAGUACCUUUGUCAAAGCUGGUUCUGAGACUUUGGUGUACUAUCCGUUGGAGAAAAGAAGCGUUUUUUCCCAGAUUAAAGGGGAGAUUGGGCUCAAAAUUUGCUAUGUUGACGACGCUCCUCCUCCUCCGCCGCCGCCGUCAAAGGAGGAGAAACCUGCGGAGGCGGAGGCGGCAGCGGCGGCGGCUCCGGCCGCAUCGGAAGAAAAGCCAGCAGAGAAGGAAGAAGGAAAAAAACCGGCUGAGGAAAAGAAGAAGGAUGAGGAAGCUGAGAAGAAGAACCCAGAUGAUGAGAAAAAACCGGCCGAAGACGCGAAAAAGGAAGAAAAGCCGCCGGAGGACAAGGGAGGAGCUGCGGCGGCGGCUGAUCCACCGCCUCCAUCGGCUCCGCCUGCUGCAGAGGAGCAAGCAAUCGCUCCAGCUCCAUUGUCCCAGACUCCGCCGCCAAAACUCCAGAGCGGAGAAAAAUCAGUUACAGCUGUCGGAAAGGAUGUGGAAAUGGUUCUUGACAAAAGUUUGUCCAAUAUUGACCGGCGAACGGCGUUUGAUCUCGUCGACCAUAUGCCUUUUCUCUAUGUUCGGGUGGUCAAGGCAAAGUUGACUAAUCCGCCGGCGGGUUCGUCAACCUACGCGAAGCUCGUGAUUGGGACACAUACUAUCCAAACAAAAUCAACCCCUGGUGGGGAUAAAGGAUGGGAUCAAGUGUUUGCAUUUGAUAAAGAAAGCUUGAAUUCGGGAUCGUUAGAAAUCGCGAUUUGGGCAGAAGGAUUUAAAGCUGCAGAAACUGAUGAAAAAACAAGUGAACUUUGCCUGGGAACGGUGUCGUUUGAUUUACAGGAAGUUCCUAAAAGAGUUCCUCCGGACAGUCCAUUAGCUCCUCAAUGGUACAGUUUAGAAGGCGGCGGCGGGGAAGGGCCAUCGCCGGGGAAUGACGUCAUGCUGUCGGUUUGGCUGGGUACUCAGGCGGAUGAAGCUUUUCAAGAAGCGUGGCAGUCGGAUUCAGGCGGGUUGAUACCGGAGACCCGAGCAAAGGUAUACCUUUCUCCAAAGCUGUGGUAUUUGAGACUAACGGUUAUCCAAACCCAGGAUUUGCAGCUAGGUGGAGGUCCGGGAGCGGCACCCGAGGCUAAGGCUCGGAACCCGGAACUCUAUGUGAAAGCGCAGCUGGGCCCACAGCUGUUCAAAACGAGCCGAACGAAUGUCGUCCUAUCCAGCCCGGCUUCUUCCAACCCUACGUGGAAUGAGGAUCUAAUCUUCGUUGCAGCUGAGCCGUUUGAGCCGUUUUUAGUGAUCACUGUUGAAGAUGUGGCUAAUGGGUAUUCAGUGGGGUAUGCUAAGGUGCAGGUCGCGUCCAUCGAUAAGCGUAUGGACGACAAAUCAGAGCCCAGAUCGAUGUGGUUCAAUCUGUGCGGGGAUGAGAAAAAGCCAUAUGCGGGUAGAAUACACGUGCGGCUCUGUUUGGAAGGUGGAUAUCACGUGCUAGAUGAAGCCGCUCACGUGACAAGCGACGUCAGAGCCACAGCCAAACAACUGUGUAAGCCGCCGAUCGGAUUGCUGGAGGUUGGUCUGAGAGGAGCCACAAAUCUGCUUCCGGUGAAAACCAGGGACGGUACACGUGGCACCACAGAUGCGUAUGUGGUUGCUAAAUAUGGGCCCAAGUGGGUCCGUACCCGUACCAUCCUUGACCGGUUUAACCCCAGAUGGAAUGAGCAGUACACUUGGGAUGUAUAUGAUCCCUGCACCGUGCUGACCAUUGGAGUGUUUGACAAUGGAAGGUACAAGCAUGAUCAACCCGACAGGAAGGAUGUCCGACUCGGGAAGCUCCGGGUACGACUUUCCACACUGGAUACGAAUCGGGUCUACAUGGGUACGUUUCCGCUGAUGGUGCUGCUACCUGGUGGGGCGAAGAAAAUGGGUGAAAUUGAGAUUGCAUUCAGGUUUAGUUGCCCCUCUUGGAUUAGUUUGGUUCAGCUUUACACCAACCCGAUGUUGCCCCGGAUGCAUUAUGUUCGCCCAUUUGGUCCUGCCCAACAGGACAUUUUGAGGCACAUGGCUAUGAGACUUGUGACGGCAAGAUUGGCAAGAUCCGAACCCGCAUUGGGACAAGAAGUGGUGCAGUUCAUGUUGGAUUCAGAUACUCACAUGUGGAGCAUGAGGCGGAGUAAAGCAAAUUGGUUCCGGGUCGUGAGGUGUUUGUCUAAAGCAGCCACAUUUGCAAAAUGGAUCGACGGAAUUCGGACCUGGGUUCACCCACCCACCACAAUCUUGGUCCAUAUUUUGUUGAUGGCCAUUGUGUUAUGCCCACAUCUAAUAUUGCCCACCAUUUGCAUGUAUUCUUUCCUGAUCAUUGCGUUAAGGUUCCGGUACAGGCAAAGAGCUGCAAUCACCAUGGACGGUAGAUUGUCUCAGUACGAUGGGGUGGGACCCGACGAGCUUGAUGAAGAGUUUGAUGGCUUCCCAACCGGACGAUCGUGGGACCAGGUGCGCAUAAGAUACGAUAGGUUGAGGGCCCUGGCUGGUAGGGCCCAAACGCUUUUGGGUGAUUUGGCGGCACAGGGAGAAAGAUUGGAAGCACUUUUCAACUGGAGGGAUCCAAGAGCGACUGGAAUGUUUGUUGUGGUUUGCCUGAUUGCUUCCUUGGUGUUCUAUGCUGUACCAUUUAAGGUCUUGGUUUUGGGUUCUGGAUUCUACUAUUUCCGACAUCCUAGAUUCCGUGGUGACAUGCCCUCUGUCCCCAUCAACUUUUUCCGGCGGCUUCCCCCUCUUUCCGAUCAGAUUUUGUAGUUCAUUUUUUCAGGUUUCAACUUAGUUUUGUGGCAUUUUGGUUUAGGUAGGGGGAAAAGACACAAUCCAUCUUCACGUUGUAUUGCUGCUAUUUUGUUUCAUUAAUGUGGGAUUGUUGAUGUUUUUCCCUAAUAAAAUGGGAGUUUGAAAUCUUGUAAAAUUAUUGAUUAGAAAUGUUUUUUUUCUGGUAUUUGAUCUCGUGCUAAUCAUUUGCCGGUUUGGUUAGCCUAUCGAAGACUGAAGAAGU